AUGGGUCGGGUACACCCUUCUGAGACGAACUCUUCGUGGAUACUAAAGGGUUGUAUCGAUUUCUUACUGAGCGAUAAGAUGUCUGCAAAGAAGUUACUCGAGAGUUAUGUCUUCAAAAUAAUCCCGAUGUCUAAUCCGGACGGAGUUAUCAAUGGAAACUCGCGGACGGGCGCACAGGGAGAAGAUCUGAAUCGACAGUGGCGUCGACCAAACCCUCUGUUGCAUCCGACAGUCUAUCACAUGAAAGCGUUGAUUAAAUAUUUGAGUCAUAUAUCAAACGACACAAAUCCAGUGGUUUUAGUCGAUUUUCACGGACACUCCCGACGCAAGAAUAUCUUUGUUUACGGCUGUUGUCCGUCGAUGUCAUGGAAGAGAAGUGAUCGAAACAAAGCCGAAGAUAAC